ACUGUCACUGUGACAUUUCAUCCUAUAAAAAUUAUAACCCCUAAUAAAAACAAUAUGAAAUAAAAUUCUUAUUUAUUAGUGAAAACGAAAUAAUAAAUAUUGUAAUUUACAAUCUUUAACACAUCGUUUUUAUUAUGUCUCUCACAAGGAUUUUGUGGCACCGUCCUAUAUGCAACGCAGAUACAUUUUAUAAAGUAGUUCGCAAGUGGUAUUCUCAAAAUAAUGUAAACUUAACAGAUCCUGCAGUACAAACUUAUUUGAGACGCAUGAUGUUAGAACAUGAAGAACUACUCAUGACGACCCGAAGAACUUCUGAAGAGGCUAGACGACUAUUCGAAAUAAAACCCAUUGUUAGUGUUCUCGAACAGAGAAUUGGCUUAUACGAUAGUAUUGAAUCGCUUAAAGAACUAAAUAAAAAGGAGAAUAAGGAUCCCGAAGUGAAGGCAAUGAUAAAAGAAGAAGCCGAAGUAUAUCUUAAACGCCUGAAGGAAAUAGAUGGAGAAUUGAUGGCAAUAUUAUUAGCGCCAUGUCUUACAGAAGGCGGUGUCUUAUUGGAAGUAGCCGCUGGUGCAGGUGGACAAGAAGCCAUGUUGUUUGCACGCGAACUCUUUGAUAUGUAUGAAUCUUAUGCAAAUUACAAAGAAUGGCAAGUAGACAUUGCUUCUAUGGAGAUUUCCGAUAUAGGUGGUGUCCGAAAAGCGUCAAUGCUCAUAGAAGGUUUUGGUGUUCCUGAACUUAUGAGAAUAGAAGCAGGAGUGCACAGAGUACAACGUAUUCCAGCUACAGAAAAAGGUGGACGCAUACAUACUAGUACAGUAUCAGUCGCAGUUCUUCCUCAACCCACUGAAAUAGAACUGAAUAUUCCAGAACGAGAUAUAACUAUAGAGACAAAACGAGCCAGUGGUGCAGGUGGCCAACACGUUAACACAACAGAUAGUGCUGUUCGUAUUGUGCAUGUACCUACUGGUACUGUGGUAGAAUGCCAACAAGGCAGAUCACAAAUAAAAAAUAAAGAGAUUGCCAUCCAAAAAUUAAGAACGCUUCUACUCCAGAAACAAUAUGAGGAACAAUCGUCAAAAAUUAAAAGUGAAAGAAAAUCACAGGUUGGAUCUGGUAACAGGAAUGAGAAGAUUAGAACAUACAAUUUUCCUCAAGAUCGGGUAACAGAACAUAGAGAAGGUGGUGGUACGCUCCACAACCUCGCGGGUUUCAUGCAAGGACAGGAACAGCUGGAACAGCUCCAGGAGAGUCUCUUAAGACAGCAAAGAUACCAGACACUCAUGGAAGAGAUUCAAGAAUUCACCAAAAGAUAUCAAGCAGACACCAGUAACAAAAGUUAAGUGUCCCCCUGUAUCAGAUAUUUAUAUAUAAUUUGUUAAUAAUUAUGAUUUCUGAAACCAGAAACCUGAAAAUUUUUAGUCAUUAAUAAAAUAAUGUAGUAAUUUUUUUUAAUAAGUAUUUAUUUUGUACCAAAUAAAUUAAUCACAUUUCAAUAGAAAGUAAAUACAUAUAUCCACAUCUAUAUUUUACAACAUAAAUAGACAGAGAUUCAGAAUAUUAAAGUCUAAAGUUUUUAUUUCAAUAAACAUUAAAUCUUUACCUUU